UUGAGAAAACAGACACAUUUGCUGUCAUGUUCGACUUUUCGUGGCAUGAACGACAUUCGUAAAUUAAUUUUCCGCGAGUUUUAAAUUUAAAACUUGUUGUUGAUAGUGAUUUUCGUAAGAAUAUUGAACAGCCAGUGUAAACAGCUGAUUUUUAUUAUGGUAAUGUAAUGUGGGGAAGAACUGAGGUCGGAAAAGUGAAUAAGUGAAGUGAAUAAAAGUGAAAGCGUAGUGAACUUUUAGUGCAAUAUGGAUCCGGGGUACUUCGACAUAGAAAGGAAGCAGAAUCCUCGGGAGAGAGCUAAUUUUAUCUCGAAAAUAUGCUUUUGGUACACUCGGCCAGUUUUUGUGAAAGGGAGGAAAGGACAGCUAAACAUAUCAGAAAUGUACAGAUGUACACCGGGUCACCGAGCAGCACCGCGGGGCGACGUUAUGGGUGAACAGUGGAAGAAAGAACUAGGAAAACAAGCAAAAACCAAGAAGCCGUCGCUGUUAAGAACUAUUAUAGACAUAUACGGGUCAAAGUUUUUGACUUUCAAUUUAGUGUUUUCAAUUUUUGAUUGUGCUGUUAGAUUAUCAAUACCAGUGUGCCUUGAGGGUUUAAUACAUUAUUUUUCACCGUCCCACACCGGCAUAGAGAAGUACCAAGCGUACCUUUACGCGGCGGGCGUUGUAGGGUUAAUGGCAAUAAGUGCAACUAUGGUGCAUCCCAUGAUAUUAUAUUUGAUGGACAUGAGUAUGAAAAUACGGGUUGCUUGCUGCUCUCUCAUAUACAGGAAGCUUCUCCGAUUAGAUUUAAACGCGGGAGGCAAAGCGUCUGAAGGUCUCGCGGGCCACGUGGUCAACUUACUGACCACGGACGCGCAGCGGUUCGACAUGGCCAGUCUGUUCAUGGUGGACCUGGUGCGCACGCCCAUUGAGAGUAUCAUCAUAGUGUACCUCAUGUACCGGCAGAUCGGAGUCGCCACGCUCAUCGGCGUCGCCUUCCUGCUGAUGUUUAUACCCUUGCAAGGCUACCUCGGCAAAGUCUCGAGCAGGUUCCGGAGGCAGACAGCCGUACGGACGGAUAAUAGAAUACGGCUGAUGAAUGAAGUGAUCCAAAGUAUAGAGGCUAUCAAGAUGUACGCUUGGGAAAACGCGUUCGCCGGCAUCAUUGGACAGGCGAGAAGAAAAGAAAUGAACGUCAUCAAGAAAAUGUCAUGGCUGCGAGCCGUGAUGAUAUCGUGCGUGAAACUGAACACUAAAGUGGCCAUUUUUCUCAGCAUCAUCUCCUUUAUAGCGUUCAAAAACGAGCUGACCGCCGCCAAAGUGUUCGUGAUCUUCUCAUAUUACGACAUUCUGAAAUACUCCCUCGUGGACUUCUUGCCGUUAGCGAUAACCUUUACGUUAGAAGCUUACGUGAGCGUGCAAAGGAUACAAGAGUUUCUGCUUUUACCGGAAGUUGAUAACCAAGAUGGCGUCGAUUUGAUUAAUAUAGACGAAGUUAAGAAUACCAGCGGAUUGAAUGGAGUGUUCGAGAAGAUCGGCAAUGGGCAACAAGCGUACAUAAAAUCUGAAACAAACCUCGAGCAACUGAAACCGGCUGUAUUAGUUAGUUUUAAGGACUACACAGCACACUGGCCCAGUACUGAAGAGGAUUCCAAAGAAAAAGUUGUGGCAUUGAGCGACAUUAAUCUAAAUAUAAAACCGGAAUCAUUAACGACAAUAGUGGGCACAGUGGGGUCUGGGAAGACGACGUUGUUGCAGGCGAUGCUCCGCGAGAUCUUGCCCACAACUGGGCAUCUUUCAGUACGUGGGGUGCUAGCUUACGCCGCGCAGGACCCGUGGCUUUUUGAAGCGUCGGUCCGACAAAACAUCUUAUUCGGCCAAGAGUUGGAUCUCCGGAGGUACAAACAAGUCAUCAAAUGCUGCCAGCUUAAAAGCGACCUUGAUAUCCUGCCGCAUGGAGACAAAACUGUGGUGGGAGAGAGAGGUACGUCUCUAUCCGGUGGCCAGCGUGCCAGAAUUUCACUAGCUCGCUGCGUGUACCAACACGCAGAUGUGUAUAUGCUGGACGAUCCGCUAGCGGCCGUUGACGCCAAGGUGGCACAGGCGAUCUACGAGGAGUGCAUCCGAGGAUUUCUGCGCGAUAAGGCGACCGUCCUUGUCACUCACCACGUGCAGUACGCAACGCACGCCUCCAAUGUGUGCGUUAUGAGAGCGGGGAAGAUAGUGGCGCAAGGAACGUACCAUGAACUGAAGAAUGGAGUGGCAGAAUUCGAGAAGUUAAUAGAAAUGGGGUCGAAGGGUGAAGAAGAGAAGCAGAAGCAGAAAAUCGCCUAUGAGAAACAGGAGAGCGUUGAGCACAGUCAUAAACUCCGUUCGCAGCGUUCAAUGUCCGAAGCCUCGCAAUUGUCGUUUAACAUGGAUCUAGACAACAACAAAGACCCAGCGUAUGAAGGUGAGAGUCAAAAGGAGGGUUCGGUCGACUUCGGCGUGUACUUGAGCUACAUAAAGAGCGGCGGUGGCAAGUUCACCAUGAUACUGCUGUGUUCACUCUUCAUGCUGGCGCAGAUAUUCUACUCCUCCACAGACGUGUGGUUGAAGGAAUGGGUUAAUAUAGAGGAAGCAAACAGCGCUUAUCAGAAAGAAGUGCGAAAUAUAUCUACGUCUACAAAUUCCACUCCACCUCUGAACUUCGAGGAAUUGUCCAAAAACUAUUUCCAUCUGACGCGCGAACAGUGCGUGUACAUAUACGCAUCUCUCAUUGUCAUAUGCAUGUUCUUUACGUGGAACAAGCUGCUCGUAUUUUACAACACUUGCAUCAAAGCCUCCACCGUCUUCCACGACACCAUGUUCCGAGGAGUAACUAACGCGCCGAUGUGGUUCUUCCACCACAACCCGUCGGGACGUAUCCUCAACCGCUUCUCUAAAGACAUGGGGCAGGUGGACACCCUAUUGCCGGUUGCGCUCGUCGAUUGUCUCGGAUUCUUUCUAGAAGUGAUAGCGAUACUGGUGGUCGUAUGCUUGGUGAACUGGUGGCUCCUUUUGCCAACUGCUGUGGUGGCUUUCUUGUUGCAUCUUCUGCGUUUGCUCUUCCUGAGCACCAGCCGGGAGUUGAAACGGAUUGAGGCCAUCGCUCGAAGCCAGAGCCUCAACCACGCCGCGGCGACGGUGUCUGGUCUAAGCACCAUCCGCUCGGCGCGGGAGCAACAACGCACCCUGGCCCGCGAGUUCGAUAAACUACAGGACCUGCACAGCUCGGCGUGGAGCCUCGUGCUGAGCACCAACAGGGCGUUCGGCUUCUGGAUGGACAUGGUGUGCUGCCUUUACCUCGCCACCGUCACUUUCAGCUUCUUCCUCUUCAUUGGGCAAGACUCGAUGGGUGGAAAUGUCGGCCUCGCAAUUACACAGGUCAUUGGAUUGGUGGGCAUGUGUCAAUACGGCAUGCGGCAAACCGCCGAAGUGGAGAACCAGAUGACUUCGGUGGAGAGAAUUUUGGAAUACACAAAUCUACCUGCGGAGAAACCAGUCGAGCCUGACGUGAAAGCUCUGAAAUCAGCACAUCCGAACUUAGACUUUGAAAGCUGGCCUAAUCAAGGUGAAAUCGUGUUUGAAGAUGUGUCCCUGGAAUACGAAAAGCAACCCAAAAAGGAGCAAGUAUCUGAAUCCGGGAUCAAACUUGAUGAGCCUGCGUACGCGAUAAGGGGGGUGAACUUCACCAUACGCCCCGGGGAGAAGGUCGCCGUGGUGGGGAGAACUGGUGCUGGAAAGAGUUCCCUUAUUGCUGCCCUGUUCAGGUUAAACAAGAUCUCCGGCAAAGUGACAGUGGACGGAGUGAACGCGGAUCAAGCGGGACUGCGUCGCUGGCGGUCCCGACUUUGCGCUUUGCCGCAGCGUCCCGCAUUGUUCGCGGCCACAUUGCGGGACAACCUCGACCCCGAGCAGAAGUACACCGACGCGCAGUUAUUUGCGGCCCUCAAUGAGGUGGAACUUCAAGAGCUGGUGAGCUCGUUGCCAGGAGGUCUGUCGUCUAAAGUGGGCGACGGCGGUGGAAACCUGUCCAGCGGCCAACGGCAGCUGUUGUGCUUAGCGCGGGCGGCGUUGGCGCGCAGGGCAGUGCUGGUGCUGGACGAGGCCACUGCCAACGUUGACACUGAAACGGACAAGCACAUCCAAACAACGAUUCGUACCAAGUUCGCGGAGUCCACCGUGCUGACCAUCGCACAUCGCCUCAACACAGUCAUGGACUACGACCGAGUCAUAGUUAUGGACAAGGGUCGCAUCGUCGAGACGGGUCAUCCGUUUGAGCUGCUCACACAAACAAGCCAACAGCUGCUCACACAAGCAAAGACAGAAGCGCAGCCCAGGCGACCCAUACUUACAAAGAGUCAGGCGCCCUUAGCUAUCCCCGAGAACUUCGCGUACGAGAGUACACUGGAUCGCCACGGCGAGCCGCCGGAGACACUGGUCAUCUCACGCGACAGGAUAAGGACUUACUCGAACAGAUCGGAGGUGAGCGAGCCGGAGGGCGGCAUUUUCAAGACGCUGGUGGAGCAAACUGGUUCGGGCACUGCAGCCUUGCUUUACCAGAUGGCGGAAGAGAGCUAUAAGAAAUGGCUGGAGAAGAAAAACUCUUAAACUAAAUUCAAGGCACUUUGGUGAUAUAGUAAAAUAAUUGUCAAUUAGCCUAUAUAUAUAUGCCUUAUGUAUUUUGCCUUUAAAAAAUUAUUUACUUAAAAAAUAUACAUUAUGUACUUAAUGUAAUUAGAUAAUUGAUGACUUAAUUGAAGAUACUUAGUGCAAUUAAUGGUGCAAACGUUUGCAUUUAAAUUUUUGACGACUAACCGAAUCGAUACAUUUUCUGUCCUAUAUUUUUUGUUCACAACUGUUAACCCAAUAUCAGAUUUCUCUUUAACAUUUCUCUAUGUUAGUAAUAAGUGAUUCCAUUGCUGCGUGAAAGAAGUUUAAACUUACCAACUCACUUAACGCAUUUAUAAUAUUAGUGACAUAUUAUGACCAUAGAAAUCUCAAUAACAAGACACUAGAAACUGCCCCUUAGCACAAGUACCACAAAAGUUCGGGGCACAUUAGUUGAUUUACAGUUACAAAUGUUUUUCUUGUACAAAACAACGACUCGAGUGCACCGUGUCACGUUCGCGGCGACAGGGUCGGCACAACAUUUCUAGUGUCUUGUUACUAAGAUUGUCUCCGCUAUUUGGCAGUACUUACAGUUACUGUUAUUAGCUGUAAGUAGUGCAGUACUACCCAUAUAAGUUACAACUACAAUAUUCGAAGGCGCAUAUAUUAAUAAUCUCUAGACCAUGUAAACGGAUUAUUUGAUGAAAAAAAAGUCCUUGUUGUAAUGGGUUAAGAUUUAAAAUACAAUGACAAGAGACUUACGCUAUCUCGCUCAUAAUAUAAAAAGCGUGCCUAUAAUGGAAUAGCGGAUG